AUGGACGAUCUCAUGACCCCACCAAUGACUUCACGAUCGCGAAGUUCUUCGACCUCGUCGUUCGAUGAAUCUUACUUCUUCAAGACCUAUGUCCCCCUCUCAAAUCUACCUACCCCACCGCCAUCCUCCCACUCAAACUCGAGCUGCCCUCCAGCCCCAGGAAACUUGCUAUUUCUUGGAGAAACGCUAGACCAUGAUCUCCUCGGCCCAGCAACCCACCUCACAAAUCUUAUACCAUCGGCCACCUCCCUGACUGUAGCAUCCGUUCCGCUCGUCCACGCAAUACUCACGAGAACCCACCUACCGCUCGAGAUUAUCGCACUUGCAGUCUGCAUUCUAGACUCGCUGAGUUCUCGCUUCGCGCUCUCCUGGCGGCAGGGUUGUCCUCUCAUCACACCACAUCCGCCUGCUCCGUUUAGUCUGUCCGAAGAACGGGAGGAGGUGCAACAUAUUGACUCCAUUCAUCCGGAGCUCAUCGUCCUGGCGGCAUUGGUUUUAGCUACGAAAUUUUUGGAUGAUAGACAGCGAACUACGAGAGAAUACGCCGGUAAUUGGGGCAGAGGCUUCUGGUCAUGCGAACAGGUAAAUUUUACAGAGCGUUGCAUACUGGAGAAUUUACAAUUCCGCCUUCUAUCCCUCAACCAGUACAUAAUUGACGCCUUGGAGGAUAUGGAGAGAGCUGGUAGACAGGUCUCUCCUGAAAUUCGUGCUGAUGAAGAUUGGGAUACAGACACAUGUUUUGGGAGUUUUGGUGGUAACAAAAGUGCCCAGAAGUCAAUGGGCUGUGGAAGAACAGUUUUGGACCUGGACAGCGAAUUGACCCCUGCCGAGGCGUCCAUGGUUAAGGAUAGCCUGGUAGCGGAAGUGGAAAGCAGUGAGAUUGGAAGCCAACAACAAAAUCUUCCGGCCAGUCUGAGUGGAACUGUCGAGACCCCUUCCCUAUCUACCAUUAUUCCAUGA